CUUGACAGGGUGUACUGUGGCUAACUGAGACAGGAGUGUUCGCUGUCAGGCUCUUCACGAUCAAAUGUCACUGCCGCAGGAUACUUUACUCACUUGACUGACAGAGGCAGCAGUCUGAGUUGUUGUUGUUGGGGUCUGUUGGUGGUUAUGUAGCUAGAAGUGAACAAUGUUGAACUUGACCCCUAAAUACAAGGUCUUGUUGUGCUCCGAAAUAGCUAGUUAGCUUCACAGCUGGACCCCAGUCUGACUGACCAGCAAGUUAUUUUACAAUGAUAAAGGGACAUUUCUUAUUUAUGCUGUAACUAUAAUGGGGCACAGCAUUUGAGGACACAGCAUCACCCUCCCAGCUUAAUACCGCAGCACUGACACAAAGAUGAUAUGAUGCUAUGCCAGAGCUGAGGACGGACAUUGAAAUCAUCGUUGCCGAUGUGUCUAUUGAGGAAUCGCUGGCCGUCAUGUGCCAACAAGGCCUGGUGAUUCUCAACUGUGUGGGACCUUACAGAUUUUAUGGCGAGCCGGUGGUCAAAGCUUGCAUUGCAAAAGGAGCUCACUACAUUGACAUCUGUGGCGAACCUCAGUUCCUAGAGCGUAUGCAGCUAGAGUACCACACUAAGGCCUUGGACAGAGGAGUGUAUGUGAUUGGCAGCUGUGGCUUUGACUCCAUACCGGCAGACCUGGGUAUUCUCUAUACACAGAGGCAGUUCAAAGGAACACUGACAGCUGUGGAGAGCUUCCUGAAAAUCAGCAGUGGGUCUGAGGGAAUGUCUGGCCACGAUGCCACUUGGCAGUCUGCUGUGUAUGGUUUCGCAGACAGCGGAUCCCUCCGCCAGCUGAGAAAGAAGUUUGGCCACAAGCCGCUGCCUGUGGUGGGAGCCAAAGUCAAAAAGCGGGGCUUUAUGUUUUUCAGCAAGGAGAUCGGGCAGUAUGCCAUCCCAUUUAUGGGUUCUGACCCCUCAGUAGUCAAGAGAACCCAGCGUUUCCUUCAUGAGGAGGAACAGCAGUCACCGGUCCAGUACAGUGCCUACGUCGGGGUCGGUGGCCUCUUCUCAGUAGUUAAGCUCUUAUGUGGUGGCCUGCUCUUCUGGUUCAUGGUCAAAUUCAGCCUGGGCAGGAAACUCCUCACUAUGUUUCCAUCAUUCUGCUCCUUUGGCUUGUUCACCAAGUCUGGUCCAACCAUGAAACAGAUAGAAGACACCUGUUUUAGCCUGACAUUUUUCGGGGAGGGCUACUCAGAGGGUACAGAUCCCACACAGGGCCAACCCAACACAAAGAUCUGCACUCAGGUCAUAGGAGCAGAGCCUGGUUAUGUAGCUACAGUUUCUACUAUGGUACAAGCAGCCGUAACCUUGCUGAAUGAAGUGCACUCUCUCCCCAGGAGGGGAGGGGUGUACACUCCAGGAGCCGCCUUCCAUAAAACCAGUCUCAUCGACCGCCUCCAUAACCACAGCAUCAAGUUCUCAGUCAGAAACUAGCAGUAGCCCUUUAACAGUAACCGCUUUGAGGGUCGCACCACCUUCUAGCUACAGUAUAUUGUAUUUGUCCACUGGAGAUGCCUCAAAGAGUUGCCUGACUCUUUGACCCAGUCAACAUGACCACUUUUUACAGUGAUUGUAACUGUAAAACAUCUGAUUCGAAUUCCACUAAUGCAGAGAGAGGUUCAUUUUCUUGCUCAAGGACACUGGCUACCGCCUAGCUGUGCCUUUCUCCUUUUUCUUUUGUGUUUUUUAAUCUGGAUGAAUGGAAAUACAAUUCCAUCAGUAGAAAGUUUUCUCUUAAUACCCUGAGGACUGAUCACACAUCACUGCUGGUUCUCUACAAUAAGCCAUAUCUUACACACUAAUUUGUUGACUGCAUUUGUGAGAAUACACUGGGGUGAUUUUAUCAAAUUUGGUUCAAGAAUCUUAGUCAGCAUGUAAAUUUGUACAUGAAAUGUAAAACACAAAACGCUAAAUUUGAUAUUUAAAACACACCGGAGAAUUAUAAUUGAAUAGAAACUGUGUACAGUGAAUAUUUGAAUGUGUAUUUGAUUUUUUAAAUAUAUUUUUAUUAUAGUUUUCGAUUAAUACCGUAAUAAAGCACUGGAAUGAUA